UCUAAGAUAUACAACACACUUUCUGGUAGCCACCAAAGAGAGAGAGAGAAGCAAUCAUAAGCAGAAAUCAUGGCCUAAUGUAUCGCUAAUUCAACUUUACGGAUGCUCUAUUAUAAGAUGCAAAGGUAAAUGCUUUAGCAGGCAAAUCUCUAUUAAGCUUCCAUUGACAAGAAUGAUGUGGAAAGUGGAUUUUAAGAAGAAAAUUGGUGCAAAUUCUGGAAAGGAGAAAUUGUUGAAUGAUAUUGAAGCUAUAAAUAAAGCUCUAUAUUUGGAUAAAACCCAUUUAUUGGAUUCAAAAUCGAAGAAUAAAGGAAAUAAUAAAGAUUCAAUAGAGAAGGAGAAUAAGAAAUCUAUUUGGAGUUGGAAGGGCCUAAAAUCUUUGGCUGCUAGAAACAAAAAGUUUAAUUGUUGUUUUUCUGUGCAUCGGAAGAGGAGAGAUGGCGAGUUGACGACUCGUCCAGUUGUGGUUUCUCAAGGGGUAGCUGAGUUUGAGGAACAGUUGACUCAUACUUGUUCUAUAUCUGGUGGCAAAAAUGGCCCCAAUCAAUCAGCAAAGUACGAGGCGAAACAUUUCUUGUUGUAUGCUUCGAUAUAUGGUACUCCCGAGCUUGAUUUGGGGAAGCAUCGGGUUGAUCUUACCAGGUUGCUUCCUCUUUCAUUAGAUGAAUUGGAGGAGAAUAGCUCGGGGAAGUGGAUGACUAGUUUCAGGUUAGCAGGUAAGGCUAAAGGAGCAAUCUUGUAUGUCAGUUUUGAGUAUCACAUAGUUAGGAACACUUUCACGGUUCCCACUAACAGGGUUCUUAUCGAGGGGAAGAACUUGAGGCGCAAUAGUGAAAAUGCAGCAAAACUUUUGGCACAAUGUGAGCAAUGUGAUGAGCUGAGUACGAUAAGACGAACAGGAAGCCUUACUGCUCGAUCUUCUACUUCACAGCGUUCCGCUGAGAAUAUAAAAGAUCUUCAUGAGGUUUUACCAGUUCCGUCAUCUGAAGUGUCCGUAUCUGUAAAUGUGCUGUAUCAGAAACUUGAGGAAGAGAAAGUGGAAGCUUCAGUUGAUUGCAAACCACAGAUUGAUGUUUUCUAUAAUGAUGUUGAGACCAUAAAACAUGACUUAGCCUUGUCAUCAGAGCCCGGGAAGGGNAGAAGGGAAAUGUUGAAAAUGGGGGUGGCAUAA